UCUCACGAGGACUCGUCAGGACUUGCUUUACGUUCUCCGACAGAAGAGGCGUUGUUCUCGUCUUCUGUUGCUCGCUGUGCCACUUCUCCGAGACAAAUUUCCGCUUCCUGCACCGAUAAACACCAGCCACCAAGCCGAGYCGAAGUUACUGCAGCGGGACACGCACGGGAAUUACCUGCCCGUGUAUUUUCGCUACAACCUYCUCGAGCCACGAGAAUGUUUUCACGGCUUCCCGUUUGAUUAGCGCCCACCAGAAUCAACUUUCCUUUAACGCGUGUUGCACCAGUCCGGAGACUGAAACWGAGAGAGAAAAAAAGGGGGUGAAAGGAAGAAGGACCGACGACACAGUCACGGAGAAAGGCAAAGACUGCUUCGAGUAUUUUCCUCCCCCUUUCCUCUCCGCCUUUGUUAGCGCCGUCUCUUUCAGCCUCCAGGAUGUCGGAGCGAGGAGGGCUCCAGCGGACUGGGGGCGUCCCUUCGCCGCAGCCCUCCAAGCCGGUGAGCAUCACCUCCAACCGGCCGGUCCACAUGAACCUGUACGCGACCUGGGAGGUGGACCGCUCCUCGCCCAGCUGUGUGCCGAGGCUCUUCAACCUGACCCUGAAGAAACUGAUCAUGCUGAAGGAGCUGGACAAGGACCUCACCUCAGUGGUCAUCGCUGUCAAACUGCAGGGCUCCAAGCGGAUCCUGCGCUCCAAUGAGAUCCUUCUGUCCUCAGCAGGACUGACGGAGACCGACCUGCAGCUCACCUUCUCCCUGCAGUACCCACACUUCUUAAAGAGGGACGCCAACAAGCUUCAGAUCAUGCUGCAGMGGCGGAAGCGGUACAAGAACCGGACCAUCCUGGGCUACAAGACCUUGGCCUUGGGCCUCAUUAACAUGGCUGAGGUGAUGCAGCACCCCAGUGAGGGCGCCCAGGUCCUGGGGCUCCACAGCCAGGUGAAAGACGCCUCGGUCCCCGUCGCUGAAAUCAGAGUCUACUCUCUGUCCAGCCAGCCCAUUGACCACGAGGGGCCCAAAGCAAAGAUGUCUGAUCGUUCUCCGGACAUUGACAACUACUCUGAAGAAGAGGAAGAGAGCGACUCGUCCGAACAGGAGGGCAGUGACGAUCCCAUUCAUGGACAGUAUUUUUAUGAUGAAGACGAAGAGGUGAGGAAGAAGAAGCCAAGGCAUAAACUGCCUCAGAAUGCCGCCAUCCCCAGACAACCCAACAUCAAGCAGAAGUUUGUCGCCCUGCUGAAAAGGUUUAAAGUUACUGAUGAGGUCGGUUUUGGCYUGGAGCAYGUGUCCAGGGAGCAGAUCCAGGAGGUGGAGGAAGACCUGGACGAGCUUUACGACAGCCUGGAGAUGUACAACCCCAGCGACAGUGGGCCGGAGAUGGAGGAGACCGACAGCAUCCUCAGCACACCCAAACCCAAGCUGAAGCCGUUCUUCGAGGGGAUGUCUCAGUCCAGCUCGCAGACAGAGAUCGCCAGCCUGAACAGCAAAGGCAGUUUGGGUCGAGAUACUUUCAGUCCGCAGGGGGAGCAGCCUCCUUUAGAGAAGAUGAAACCGUCCCGCAGCCGCAACCUGGAUGAGAUCUCGUCUGAGACYGAUACACUGGAGCUGACAGAUCAGGAGCUGUUCAGUGAGGUGGGUCCCUGCAUCACGGUGUCCGUGGCUGAGAAACCCCGUACACCUCUGAAGAACACCAAAAACGAAGUCCAACCCCUGGCGUCUCCGAGRCUGGAUGGUGGACACACACCCCGGCAGAAGCGCAGCAGCAGCACCCCCAUGAAGGAGAGGCAGCUGUCCAAACCUCUGAGUGAACGCACCAACAGCUCCGACUCAGAGAGAUCCCCCGAGCUGGGACACAGCACACCGGUUUUGAGGAAAGCCGUGUACGAUCAGCUCAACCAGAUUUUGCUGUCAGACUCGGCGCUGCCUGAGAGCCUGGUGUUGGUCAGCAGCACCGACUGGCAGGGCCAGUACGUUGCAGAGCAGCUUCAAGGACAGAGACACCCGGUGGUCUCCACGUGUACCACCGCUGAAAUCCAGGCUGUGCUUUCUGCUCUGCUCACACGCAUACAGAAGUUCUGUAACUGUAACUCGUCCAUGCCYCGAGCCGUGAAGGUGGUGGCCGUGGGCAGCCAGAGUUACCUGGGGGCCAUCCUGCAGUUCUUCGUCACUCAGCUGGCCAACAAGACGUCCGACUGGCUCAACCACAUGCGCUUCCUGGUGGUGCCUCUGGGCUCCCAUCCUGUUGCGAAGCACCUGGGAGCCCUCGACAACCGCUACAGCUCCUCUUUUUUGGACGGGGCAUGGAGAGACCUGUUCGGCCGCUCGGAGCCACCUCAGACAGACCAGUUGGACGUAGCUGGGAGGAUCAGCCAGUACAUCAGCGGAGCCUCCGUCACACAUCAGCUGCCCAUCGCUGAGGCCAUGCUCACCUGCAAGCACAGGACGCGAGAGGAGGACUCGUACCAGAAGUUCAUUCCUUUUAUUGGG